ACAUGAUCAGGAAGCUGGCGCUGUUUUCGUCUAACGAGACUAAAGAAGAUAUUAGCACCAACAAUCUCAAAUAUCUUUUGGUACCUUAUUACCUUGCGGAGUUGACAGAGAAAAUCAUACAGGACGACCGGAUUCCGAUUGUCAAAGCCUCGUAUGCAAAGUUGAAGGAGUUCUUUUCGUUCUGUGAGGCAAUGGAACUUGUUCCGGAUGAGGAGUUGGAGGCUUCUUCACGAGGAGGUUCUGGUGCACCUGCUGAUCGAAGGGCUCUGAAGAUAGCUCGGUUCAAACGUCAAAAGGCUGUAGAGGCAAAGCUUCUUGAAAUUAAAGAGAGAAAGGAACGACGUGGACGUUCCACUAAAGCAUCAGCUUUGUCGACUCCGGUUGAAUCUGGAGAAGAAGAUAUUCCAGAUGAUGACAGCGAAGAAGAGAGAGAGGUUUGUCCUACUUUUUGUUUAGCUGCGAAUAUGUUGAUCAUCUCUCUGUCUUCAAACUCCAACGCAGGUUUGUAAUGAGUUUGAAAUCCAAAGUGUAGACCAAACCUUCAAAGAAAUCCUUAGAGAGAAUAUGUUUCUCGUCACAAUAACCUCAACUAUCAUAUCUCAAAUAAUCGUGAUCGAGUUUGCCAGCAUUUUCAUUUCUUCUGUCAGGCUAGACUUGAAAAAAUGGGUGACGACAAGACUUUUGGG